AUGGGGCGGGCGGCCGCCGCAGGAGGAGGCGCCGGAGGGGCGCGCCGCUGGCUCCCGUGGCUGGGGCUCUGCUUCUGGGCGGCGGGGGCCGCGGCUGGCCGAGGAACUGACAAUGGCGAAGUCCUCCCUGAGUCCAUCCCCUCAGCUCCUGGGACCCUGCCUCAUUUCAUAGAAGAGCCAGACGAUGCUUACAUCAUCAAGAGCAACCCCAUUGCACUGAGGUGCAAAGCAAGGCCGGCCAUGCAGAUAUUCUUCAAAUGCAAUGGCGAGUGGGUCCAUCAAAAUGAACAUGUCUCUGAGGAGAGUCUGGAUGAGAGUUCAGGCUUGAAGGUCCGGGAGGUGUUUAUCAACGUUACCAGGCAGCAGGUGGAGGACUUCCACGGGCCAGAGGACUACUGGUGCCAGUGUGUGGCAUGGAGCCACCUGGGGACCUCCAAAAGCAGGAAGGCCUCCGUGCGCAUAGCUUAUCUACGGAAAAACUUUGAACAAGAUCCACAGGGAAGGGAGGUUCCCAUCGAAGGCAUGAUAGUGCUACACUGCCGACCGCCCGAGGGUGUCCCUGCUGCUGAGGUGGAAUGGCUGAAAAAUGAGGAACCCAUUGACUCUGAGCAAGAUGAGAACAUUGACACCAGGGCUGACCACAACCUCAUCAUCAGACAGGCACGGCUCUCAGACUCAGGCAAUUACACCUGCAUGGCAGCCAACAUCGUGGCCAAGAGGAGGAGCCUGUCAGCCACAGUAGUGGUUUAUGUGAAUGGAGGCUGGUCUUCCUGGACAGAGUGGUCAGCCUGCAAUGUUCGCUGUGGUAGAGGAUGGCAGAAACGUUCCCGGACCUGCACCAACCCAGCUCCUCUGAAUGGUGGGGCCUUUUGUGAGGGAAUGUCAGUGCAGAAAAUAACCUGCACUUCUCUUUGUCCUGUGGAUGGGAGCUGGGAAGUGUGGAGCGAAUGGUCCGUCUGCAGUCCAGAGUGCGAGCAUUUGCGGAUUCGGGAGUGCACAGCGCCACCCCCAAGGAACGGGGGCAAAUUCUGUGAAGGGCUGAGCCAGGAAUCUGAAAACUGUACAGAUGGUCUCUGCAUUCUAGAUAAAAAACCUCUUCAUGAAAUAAAACCCCAAAGCAUUGAGAAUGCCAGCGACAUUGCUCUGUACUCGGGCUUGGGCGCUGCUGUGGUGGCCGUUGCAGUCCUGGUCAUUGGCGUCACCCUUUAUAGACGGAGCCAGAGUGACUAUGGCGUGGACGUCAUUGACUCUUCUGCAUUGACAGGUGGCUUCCAGACCUUCAACUUCAAAACGGUCCGUCAAGGUAACUCCCUGCUCCUGAACUCUUCCAUGCAACCAGACCUCACGGUCAGCCGAACAUAUAGUGGGCCCAUCUGCCUCCAGGACCCUCUGGACAAGGAGCUCAUGACAGAGGCCUCACUCUUUAACCCUUUGUCCGACAUCAAAGUCAAAGUUCAGAGCUCAUUCAUGGUGUCCCUGGGCGUGUCUGAGAGAGCCGAGUACCAUGGCAAGAAUCAUUCUGGGACUUUUCCCCAUGGAAACAACCGCAGCUUUAGUACAAUACAUCCCAGAAAUAAAACACCCUACAUCCAGAAUCUGUCAUCACUCCCCACAAGAACAGAACUGAGGACCACUGGGGUCUUUGGCCACUUAGGAGGACGCUUAGUCAUGCCAAAUACAGGGGUGAGUUUACUCAUACCACAUGGCGCCAUCCCAGAAGAGAAUUCUUGGGAGAUCUACAUGUCCAUCAACCAAGGUGAACCCAGCCUCCAGUCAGAUGGAUCCGAGGUGCUCCUGAGUCCUGAAGUCACCUGUGGCCCCCCAGACAUGAUUGUCACCACUCCCUUUGCAUUGACCAUACCACACUGUGCGGACGUCAGUUCUGAGCACUGGAACAUCCAUUUAAAGAAGAGGACACAGCAGGGCAAGUGGGAGGAAGUGAUGUCAGUGGAGGAUGAAUCCACAUCCUGUUACUGCCUUUUGGAUCCCUUUGCAUGUCAUGUGCUCCUAGACAGCUUUGGGACAUAUGCCCUCACUGGAGAGCCAAUCACAGAUUGUGCCGUGAAGCAACUCAAGGUGGCUGUUUUUGGCUGCAUGUCCUGUAACUCUCUGGAUUACAACUUGAGAGUCUACUGUGUGGACAAUACCCCUUGGGCAUUUCAGGAAGUGGUUUCAGAUGAAAGACAUCAAGGUGGACAGCUACUGGAAGAGCCAAAGUUGCUGCAUUUCAAAGGGAACACCUUCAGUCUUCAGAUCUCUGUCCUGGAUAUCCCUCCAUUCCUCUGGAGAAUCAAACCAUUCACUGCAUGCCAGGAAGUCCCUUUCUCCCGCGUGUGGUGCAGUAACUGGCAACCCUUGCACUGUGCCUUCUCCCUGGAGCGCUACACGCCCACCACCACCCAGCUGUCCUGCAAAAUCUGCAUCCGGCAGCUCAAAGGCCAUGAACAGAUCCUCCAAGUGCAGACAUCCAUCCUAGAGAGUGAAAGAGAAACCAUCACUUUCUUUGCACAAGAGGAUAGCACUUUCCCUGCACAGACUGGUCCCAAAGCCUUCAAAAUCCCCUACUCCAUCAGACAGCGGAUCUGUGCUACAUUCGAUACUCCCAAUGCCAAAGGCAAGGACUGGCAGAUGUUAGCACAGAAAAACAGCAUCAACAGGAAUUUAUCUUAUUUUGCUACACAAAGUAGUCCAUCUGCUGUCAUUUUGAACCUGUGGGAAGCUCGUCAUCAGCACGAUGGUGAUCUUGACUCCCUGGCCUGUGCCCUUGAAGAGAUUGGGAGGACACACACGAAACUCUCCAACAUUGCAGAAUCCCAGCUCGAUGAAGCCGACUUCAACUACAGCAGGCAAAAUGGACUGUAGUCCACGAUCGCUCAUGAGAGAGUGAUGGCCAGCUUCGGGACAUUUGCUUUAAAUGGGAAAGAGACAGCUUUCUGCCCAGUGGCAUUUGGAGAAUUCAGCCUUCAUUUACAAUCAGUGAGAAUCCCUGGUUGAAGAAACUGAAUUUUAUAUAGGUAUAAUAUGUUAAUAGGGAAGAGUACAAGCUCUCUUAAAUAUAAGAGGGCUCUACUGUCUCAUCUGAAUCCACACUUGGGUUCACACUUGAUGAACUUUCUGAGCUUUGGAGUGGUAAGGAUAAAAGUGAGGGCAUAGUUAGAUCAAAGCAAUUGUGGGGGAAAGAUGAGCUACAAUAAAGCCAGGAAGGCAGAGAUUGAAUCGUGCAUGUCUCAAAACAGGUUUUUAAUGAUGUGCCCCAAAGGGCCAGCUGAUUCUGGUACCAGAUUGUCAGGGUUGUCUACCAACUGGCAUCCAGUGAUGUCAACAAUCAUUGUAAAACUGGCUUUUCUAAGUGAAAUGGGGUUGCCAACCCAUUCGUAGGACUUUGGUAAUGUCAAGGAAGGCAUUUAGAAUUUAGACUCUGAGUACAUCACACCAGCACCGAUUCUCUAUUUAUCCUAACCACUUAAUGGAAAUAAGAUCAGAAGGUAAGAUGGACCACAAACUAGUUCUUGCUGUGUAUGCCACCUUCAUUCUCUCCCAGAGACAAAUCUACCCACAUUCUUUCUUCCCCUUCCUUACCUAUAACAUAGGAGUGGUUUCAAGGAGGCUAAUUAAACUUCUCAAUAUGGAAAUUUACUUCUCCUAACUCAACAAUGCAGAACCCUCUAUUCCCAGCCCAGCCACUCAAGGUGCAAAGUGCUAUUAGAACACAGCUUAUUACUUGGAUUUGGGGGGAGGCAGUAUCAAAUCGAGCCCAAAAUAGGACAGGGACUGCGGAUGCCACAGGCCUCAGAUAAGCUAUAAUUCUAGGAUAGAGGUGUUGACCCAUUCUCUAAACAUUUUUAUGAGGGGAUGAGGGGUCCUGUUCUACUUUUCAAUCCAGGUUCCUGAAAAUUUCUAGCCCCUUGAUACUGUGUUGUCACAAAAUCUUUCCAUAGAGCUAUAGGGCAUCCUCCUUCUGCUUCUGCUUCUUGGAAAAUUAGCAGAUAGUCUUUGGUCUAAAUGAUAGGAGCAAAUAGACAUGAGGAGUAGGUCUACCACAAUGUCCCAGAAACCACAUGCAUUGUUCUGGAAGCUUUUAAGCUCUGAUUACUCAACCUCACUAGGUAUGCUUUCUCUACAGGAUUGUUAAUAUGGGACUCUUGCUUUACGGUUCUUUUUUAAAAAAACAGGCAAUGAUAUUGUGGAGAAUUGAAGUCCACCAAUAAUUCAUGAAACUCACCUGAACAUUUUACUCCAUCUUUUAUCCUAUGAAAUAGUUUUUGAAAAGAUGUCCUGGCAGACUAAAGAUGCGCCGAUCUGUUCCUGCUCAUCUUCUGGUGGAUGUUUUAAUUAGCUGUCCACAAUCAGAACAGGCAAGGUCAAGGACCUAGA